CCAUUGUUUUCAGCGGUUAACUUGUAGAUCCUGGAAAACGACAUAACGGAGCGAGUAUUUCCUCAAGUGCUCUUAACAAAAUUUAAUUCGUGUUUGGAGAAAUGAGUGAAAGCAUUUCUUGCGCUGAUUAGGAGAAUUUGUAGAGAAGAUGGGGAGAAAUCUUUAUGGCAGAGCGAUUGCUGGAGGACGCAGAAGAUACGAAGGUACUUUACCUGGUGAGAUACCCUGAUUUGGAAAACACUGUCUGAAAGGCUGGUGAAUGCAGAAAUCAUCCCAAUCUUCAAACGGGGAUUGCAAAACGAAAAUUGCAGGGCAUUGUGGGAAGACAGGGCAGGAUGUAUUGGCAGUGCUUCUUUUUAGAAGUGGUGUGGGCACAAUGGGUGGACUGAACUUUAGCGUUAUGAACUUUAAGUAUUCUUUAGUAGCGGUUUGAAAAUCGGACUGCAUCGAAAAAAGGCGGGCCAUCGACUCAAAUAAAAUAAGAUUCAGUCACUGGAGGCGAUAGUAUAUAAUGACCUGUUGACCACGAUCCGAAACGAUAGCAUGACUCGGACAUUAAUGUAAGGGGUCCGUGAAAAUUAUUAAGAGCAGGAUGGAGAACAAAAGCUAAAACUCUGGGGAAAAACACAGAAUAACAAAAAAUAAUAGAUUUGUCAUCAUAUUAUCAUACUGUAUUCAAAUACAAAGUUGAAAUGCAAAAACUCAUCUAUAUCUACAGGUGUAAAAUCAAAACGCAGCUUUCUAAAAUGUAUCACCCAGGCAGCUGUUUCAUGGAGCUGAGCACAAACAAAGUAAAAUACUGAAUGAGUGCCCUAUUGGAAAAAUGGUAAGACGUAGAUUAUGGAUAAAGACCGAAAAUGAUGGAGGCAAAUGAGAGGGAUUAAUGGAUAGCAGCGUUGUCCGCGCACAAUGAUUUCCUUCCCUGCCGAAUAUUUAUUAACGAUGAUGCAAAUCUGAAACUAACAUCAGAUCAUGAAGGGCGAAAUCAGUUACAACACUGAUUGCUGAUUCUAAUCAGUUACAUUGCGACAUAGGGAUUUUUUUUGCAUUCACUCAAACCAACAUGGACUACAGUCGGCCCCUGCAACAAGGUUUAAAACAUCAGGAGUAAAAUGGUUGAGUAGAAGAGAUGUAAAACCUGUGUAUUUGAUUUGGGAGCGUGUUGGCUUCAGUUCUGCAAUGCUGGAGUGGGUGCUCUGAUUGGAAGUGUGUGAAUAUUCAGCAGCUCAUUUGCAUGUAUUAACAUCCCCCAUGAGCGCCGGCCAUCAUUUGCCCGCAGUCGGAGCUCCCAUUUGCUCUGUGGCGGCUCCGCAGUACCGGUGCCUGCACGCUGUCGCAUCUGCCUUAUGAGUCGCAUCGCUUGACCACGUCCAUUGGAGCAAUUCGAUAAAGUUUCUUUCUCUAUCCAGGAGCUGUCGGUGUGGGGGAAAUUUUGCCGCCCUCCUCCUCUCUCUCUUUCGCUGUCUGUCUCUCUCUCUCCCUCCCCUCCCCUCCAUUCCUUCAUCCCCUUCUUCGUGCCCCAGCAGCUCGCUGUGCCGCUGCGAGGAAAGGUCGGUGUGGGACGGCCGAAGCUCGGGCGCAGGCCCAGGCCUGGUUACCAUGGCAGCCGCCAAGGACGGAGUGGUGCAGGAAAAGUACAAGUUGGUGGUGGUGGGCGGUGGCGGCGUAGGGAAGAGCGCUCUCACCAUUCAGUUCAUCCAGUCCUAUUUUGUUACGGAUUAUGACCCUACAAUUGAAGAUUCCUAUACCAAGCAGUGUGUUAUUGAUGACAGGGCGGCAAGAUUGGAUAUUUUAGACACAGCAGGACAAGAAGAGUUUGGAGCCAUGCGAGAGCAGUACAUGAGGACAGGAGAGGGUUUCCUGCUGGUUUUCUCUGUUACUGAUAGAGGAAGUUUUGAAGAAAUUUAUAAGUUCCAAAGACAGAUUCUUCGAGUGAAAGAUCGUGAUGAAUUCCCUAUGAUCCUUGUGGGUAAUAAAGCUGACUUGGAACAUCAAAGGCAGAUAACGACAGAGGAAGGGCUGCAACUUGCGAGGCAGCUCAAAGUAACAUACAUGGAGGCUUCAGCUAAAAUUCGUUUGAAUGUAGACCAGGCUUUUCAUGAACUAGUUCGAGUUAUAAGGAGAUUUCAAGAGCAGGAAUGCCCUCCUUCUCCUGAACCAUCACGGAAUGAAAAAGACAGUAGUGGCUGCCACUGUGUUUUAAUCUGAGAUGCUGGUUUGUCUGCUCUCAACAGCUGCCAAACCACCUGCCCCCAUUUCUGCCUUCAAAAAAACAUUUGUGUCAAUCAAUAUUGCCUCUUUACUGCAUGCUUACAAUUUGGUCGCAGAUUGCCUUAGUCUAAUUUUUAAAAAAAGCUGGCUGUGAUGUGCACUUGAUUGGGGAGGGGGUGGUGGGGACACUUUGUCACCUCUCUUGCCCCCAAGGCAGGAGGUGAAGUUUAAGGAAUAUAAACACUAAGGCUGCUACUUAAAUGUCAUAUUUCUAUUUGUUUCAGGAAUGAUAUUUCUAUUUGAUAGGAGAGAAAAUUCAGAAUGUAGACAAUUGAUUUGAGCUAAUUUGCCUUGAAGUGUUUAAAAUCCAUGCUUACAUGUCUUGUCCACAGUGCCAUUUAACUUUUAAUGCUAUAAUUAUGCGUUAAUCAUUAUUGUACGUAAAGAUCCAUGAUUUCCAAGAAGAAUAACUAUCAUAUGAUAAGUGAAGGGCAACAAGGAGGCGUAAAUUUGUCAUUUCUUUGUCCUGGAUAAAAUACAUAGAAAUAAGCCUUAAAUAGCACUCGUUGGUAAGAGUCUGAGUUUUGUGCAAUGCUGCAGUUUGUUCCAGUGGCCAAAUCCAGUCAGUCUACUGUAUUUAUUUUAAGCAGUCCAGAGAGAUUUUUGGGAAUCAAUGUGGCCAAACACCUGUGAUCUCACUGGAUAUGAACAUUCUUAUUUUUUUUGUUUUUUUUUUUAAAAACCAAUUUCACAUCAUUGUUGAGGAGUUCCAAGUCUUCUAUUUGUCUUCCUUUGAUGUGACUGUAUUUUGGGAUAAGGGAUUCAAAGUGCUAAAGUGUAGUUGUUUUUCCUCAUGUUAUAUAAAGAGAUGGGAUUGAUUCUUCCAUUGAUGAAGAUGAUUAAAUGUUUUUCUAUAUACUUUUAUACAUUAUUUUCUUAUCAAACUAGUUAACAAGUAUUUUUAUAUGUUUGUAAACAAAUAUGCUUUCACAGCAUAACUUGUGUAUAUGUAAAGAUGAGUAUUUAAUUCUUGCAUUUCACUUUUAACUGACAAACUUACAGGUAUAAUUUACAGAACUGUGGUAAUACUUUCCUAAAUAUCCUCAUGGCAGCUGGGUGUGCCUAGCUAUGUCUGGUCAUGUGCCUGCAGAAUGUACCCACACAGACAUUAGCAUGCUCAACUAUACAGAAUGCUCUGACCAGGCAUUUCAGAAGGUGGAUAUGUUACGUAAAAUUUUGGAGUCUGAGAAGCUUGUGAUAUUUUUUGGGUUUGACUGUGAAUGGUCUUUGAGUACAAGUUCAACGGAUCAAUAACUUGGUUUGAGAUUUGUCCUUUGAACUGGAUCGCUGGAAAGAUGCACACAACAAUCCUGAUAUUGUCUCUACAUCAACUCCUUGAAGUUUGAUCCUACUACAGCCUUGUAUAGCUUCUGGUGCUAGAAUAAAGGUUGAUUAAUUUA